CUCUUUUGUGUUUACCGUUUUCGACUCACAGUCGUACUAGUAGCGCCACUCUGCGGCCAUAUUGAUAUUACUUUAGCUGUAGCCUUCUUUAACCAAUGUGGCAUCUCGCGAUCCACUAGCGGCACAUCAUGAAGUUGAACGUGUCGUUCCCAGCCACUGGCUGCCAGAAGCUUUUCGAAGUUGUGGAUGAGCAUAAAUUGCGAGUGUUCUAUGAAAAACGUAUGGGCGCAGAAGUCGAAGCCGACUCGCUCGGUGACGAAUGGAAGGGCUAUGUUGUCCGCAUUGCCGGUGGCAACGAUAAGCAGGGCUUCCCCAUGAAGCAGGGUGUCCUUACCAACAGCCGUGUUCGCCUCUUGCUGUCCAAGGGCCACUCGUGCUACCGGCCAAGGCGCACUGGUGAGAGGAAGCGCAAGUCUGUCCGUGGCUGCAUUGUGGACGGAAACUUGAGCGUUCUCGCCCUUGUCAUUGUCAAGAAGGGAGAUAAUGAAAUCCCAGGACUGACCGACGGAUCAGUUCCCCGUAGGCUUGGUCCCAAGAGAGCCUCCAAGAUUCGCAAGCUGUUCAACCUGAGCAAGGAGGACGAUGUCCGACAGUAUGUGAUUAAGAGAGCUCUUCCUCUCAAAGAAGGCAAGACAAAGCAGCGCUUCAAGGCUCCCAAGAUCCAGCGUCUUAUCACUCCCGUCACUAUCCAGCGUAAGAGGCAUCGCGCAGCGCUGAAGAAGAAGCGCUCCGUCAAGGCCAAGGAGCAGGCAACUGAAUACGCCAAGCUGCUGGCCAUGCGACAGAAGGAAGCAAAGGAACGUCGUCUCUCAGAGAAGAGAAGGAGAUCAGCCUCCAUGCGCGACUCAAAAUCAUCGUCGCAGAGCGCGCCGACUAAGUAAUUCCAUCGCUGUAUCCUCUUAUCCUUCAAAUAAAGUGAGUUGAUAAAA